CAAGAGCAGGAAAAGGGAGGAACGCAGACAGGAGACUCUCUGGCUUGUCUGUCUGUUGGGCACCUGGGACACUGUCAUUGUGGUUCUCAUUAUAGUAUUUUUUUCUCUCCUUCUCUGAACCAGCGGACCAGUUGGGAGUCCUUUUUUUCUCUCGCUGCCGUAUCAAUUAGGAACUGGGAUUGUUUCUGUGUAAUCUGCUCUGCUCUGGCUUGAACCGUUAUACACUGCGAUUGCUUCUUUGGUUUGUUCCUGCCUGUCUCUCGGCGUUCCGAUUCGGACCCUUCCCAAAGUGCAUCUGUUAGUGCGCCGCUGAGGAUAUAUCCCGUGUCCAACAGUACAACAUAGAGCAGCUGGGAUAUCAGACUAUAGAGGAGCGAGAGAGAGCGCAGCCGAGUGAGCAACAGAGAGAGGCAGAUACAGAGAGUGUGAGAGAGAUUGAAGCCGAGGAGCGAGGUAAGCUAUAGCGAGACAGCUUAGAUAGAAAAGUGAUCUUUAUAUCCUCCUCCCUUUUUCCCUUGUUUUUCCCUUUUUCUCCUCUACUACACUCUCCCGUGCCAGCAAUUUGUUCGCAGGACUGCCUAGAACCACUGCCACCUGCUCAUCUUCCUCCUCCUCUUCCUCUCUUCUCACGCGUUACUCUCCGACGCCAGCCAGUGAGGGAAAGACAGGACACGCAGACAGGGCACGCAGCAGCGUCCGUUUUUUAAAAACUCUUGUGGGGAAUAUUUUUGAGAAACUGAAUGAGCAUCUGCCGAGCUCUACUCCAGGAGAUUUAACUAAAAGGCGUUGUCGGGCAGGAACUACCCCCACAGAGGCUACCCCUCUCCCAGCCGCUCUCCGUCAGACGAACCCUGCUUGCUCUCCAGAGGACCAGCAGUGAUUCAACACACCAGUGUGGACGGGGAAAAUAAGGGACCUACAGUCAGAGAGCCAAGCCCCAGUACUACUAACGCUCGUCCGACCGCCUCCGCGCAACCAUUCCCUGCCACGGCGCUAAGGAUUCCAGCUAUAUGGGCAAGCGAUUGGAACAGCAACCAAUGUACCCUCAGUACACAUACUACUACCCCCACUACCUCCAGACCAAGCAGCCCUAUGCUCCACCCCCUCACCCCAUGGCUCCGCCUAGCCCCAGCCAUAACAGCUGCAGUCACGGCGGAUCCGAGCAGCUGAGUAAAACUAACCUGUACAUCCGAGGCCUGCCCCCGGGGACCACGGACCAGGAUCUCAUCAAGCUCUGCCAACCAUAUGGGAAAAUAGUGUCAACCAAGGCCAUCCUGGACAAGAACACCAACCAGUGCAAAGGAUAUGGCUUUGUGGACUUUGAUAGCCCGGCUGCAGCACAGAAGGCGGUGUCGUCUCUCAAAGCCACCGGGGUGCAGGCUCAAAUGGCCAAGCAACAGGAGCAGGACCCCACCAACCUGUACAUCUCCAACCUGCCGGUGUCCAUGGACGAGCAGGAGCUGGAGAACAUGCUGAAGCCCUUCGGUCACGUCAUCUCCACGCGGAUACUGCGGGACGCCAACGGGGUCAGCAGAGGGGUCGGCUUCGCCAGGAUGGAGUCGACGGAGAAAUGUGACGUUGUGAUACAGCAUUUCAACGGGAAAUACCUGAAAACCCCGCCGGGCAUUCCAGCCCCCAACGAGCCUUUGCUGUGCAAAUUCGCAGACGGAGGGCAGAAGAAACGCCAGAGCCAGAGCAAGUACCCACAGAACGGGCGGCCGUGGCACAGGGAAGGCGAGACUGGUAUGCAGUUAACAUAUGAUCCUGCUGCUAUGCAGAAUGGGUUCUACACCUCGCCUUACAGUAUCGCCACCAACCGUAUGAUCGCACAGACGUCCAUCACGCCCUUCAUCGCUGCUUCCCCCGUCUCCACAUAUCAGGUCCAGAGUACGUCAUGGAUGCCUCAUCAACAAUACGUUAUGCAACCUACAGGUGCAGUGAUCACCCCAGCCAUGGACCACACCAUGUCCAUGCAGCCUGCCAACAUGAUGGGCCCACUCUCCCAGCAGAUGAACCAUCUGUCCCUGGGCACUACAGGAAGUUACAUGACUGCUGCGGCUGCCGGGGCGCCUAUGCAAGGGACCUACAUUCCUCAGUACACUCCUGUGCCUCAGACAGCCGUCCCCAUUGAAGGAGUGGUCACGGAUGCUUCUCCUCAGUCAGUGGCCCCCUCAUCGCAGGAUGUGAGUGGGCAGCAGCAGAUCCAGGUGGAUGGCUCAAGUGACCAUGUUACUGCUUACUCAUACCAGUCCAAAUAGCGACCGGCGCGGAGAAUAUUCCUGUGACAGCGUUGCCUUGAGACAGAGGGUUUGGCUGCACUGAGAAUGCGGAGAGAAGAGAGAUUGCUUCCAGAUUGCCCAGGCACCAAAAAAUAGACACUUUUUUCCAUUUCAUACCUGGAAGAGAGGAGGGGUGGGGGGGUGGAGUCGCUGGGUACAGUGCAAAGUGGUGAAAAUGUUUAGUCUGGGAACAUGCCUGGUGGGCUGGGCUUGAGCUUGAGUUGUUUCUUCAAGAAAUUUCUCAACUGAAAAAAAAAAAGUACAAAAAAUACAAAAACGAUUUGAAAUGUUGAAUGCGCAGGUAGGUGAUGAGGUUUAUUUUGUAAUUAGAAAAAGGGGAGUCAAAGUUUGAGAUACACAGAGAUUGUCUUCCUCAGAUGUUAAGCUACGAUUUCUUUUCACUCUUUUUUUUUUGAUUUCUCGUUGUAAAAUUUUAGUUUUCUAGAUAUAUUCGAAACAACUGUUUUUCUUUCUUGAAUCUUCAUGGCCUUAAUUUUAAGGGUGUCAGAGGACUUUUUACAGAGAGUUAAGUCUGGCGUCUCAUUGAAAAUAAAAAGCGAACUAAAUCAGUCUCUUGGACCACUGUGAUGGUACAAGAUACUGCAGGAGUUGAGCUAGAGAGAUAAAAAAAAAAAAAAAGAUCUAU